AUGUCAAUCGAAUUAAUCGGCAAAAUUGGUAGGAUCGUAGGACCGAUAAUUGUCUUUUUGCAGCUUGCGGUAGUAAUUUAUCUAGGUUUUACUGUGAAUUUCCCCGAUCCCCCACCACAAAAGAUAUCAAAUUUUACUGGUCUACCAGUAUGGGAAGCCGAUGACCCUUCCUCUGAAUCUUUAUAUGACAAAAAAGUCAGAUUAUCAGAUUAUGUUGUAGCUUUGGUCGUUGGUUUGACAAGUCUUCUUGCCAUCUUUUUCGCCGCUAGAAGAAUCGACAACAGGCUCGGCAGUAUGAUGAGAAGAUUGAGGGUGUCAUCUGAAGAAUCACUAUACAUUAACAGCCUCAGCUGGACAACAUACAUCUUGAGUUUUAUCCUUACUGCUUACAUAAGUGCCACAUUUCUUGCCGUGGGUGCAAAUCUAAUUUUUCACUUGAGCAAAGUGUGGGCAAUCGUUGGAAUAUUCCAUAAUAUUAUGGAAGUUUGUUUAUUGGCAGCAUUAUUACAAACUGGCAGAAAACAAUUCAAUUUCGCUAUUGCCCUCCUUGUCGUAGUAACAUAUGGAGUACUCGCCACAGCGGGCACCAGUCAGCUAGGAUGGUAUUAUGAUAGCUUGGUAUGGGACUUUAUGUUGCCUCUCGUCUUCUUCCGUGUUGCAGUAUAUGCCAAGAAUCAUCCUCCUAAUCAAGGCAAUCCAGAAACUAAUAUGGUUGGCAAUAAUUCUACACAAUCGUUACUUUUAUUCAACUUGUCGUACAUUAUCGCCUUUCCAAUAUACCUCAUUUACGUGCAUAAUGAAUCAAAUGUUGAGGAUGCUCAAAAGGUAUUCGAUGUUCCUGACACAUCGGUCUAUGAAUUUGUUUUGAUCUUUUUGUGGGGUGUUACUUCUAGUUUAAUUUCAGCUUUUAUUGGAGUAAAAAAUAUGAAUUAA